GCGGCUCAGACGGCUCCGGCGUCCUGACUCGAGUUGAACCCGAGGCUGGACCGGCCGCUGCGCAGUCGACGCCAGCCCAGGGCCUGCGAGGGACGCGCGCCAGGGGGCCCCCGCCGCGGGCACCAUGGGCGCUGGCCACUCCGCGUCUGAGGAGGUGCGGGAGCUCGUGGGCAAGACAGGCUUCUCAUCAGACCAGAUCGAGCAGCUCCAUCGGAGGUUUAAGCAGCUGAGUGGAGACCAGCCCACCAUUCGCAAGGAGAACUUCAACAAUGUCCCUGACCUGGAGCUCAACCCGAUCCGAUCCAAAAUCGUCCGUGCCUUCUUUGACAACAGGAACCUGCGCAAGGGGCCCAGCGGCCUGGCCGACGAGAUCAACUUCGAGGACUUUCUGACCAUUAUGGCGUACUUCCGGCCCAUCGACAUCACCAUGGACGAGGAGCAGGUGCAGCUGUGCCGGAAAGAGAAGCUGCGAUUUCUGUUCCACAUGUAUGACUCGGACAGCGACGGCCGCAUCACCCUGGAAGAAUAUCGAAAUGUGGUGGAGGAGCUGCUCUCGGGGAACCCACACAUCGAGAAGGAGUCGGCCCGUUCCAUCGCCGACGGGGCCAUGAUGGAGGCGGCCAGCGUCUGCGUGGGGCAGAUGGAGCCUGACCAGGUGUACGAGGGCAUCACCUUCGACGACUUCCUAAAGAUCUGGCAGGGGAUUGACAUCGAGACCAAGAUGCACGUCCGCUUCCUUAACAUGGAAGCCAUGGCCCUCUGCCACUGACCGCCGCGUCCCGCGGGGCCCCAGCAGCGAGCGGCGAGCGGGCAGCGGGGCCGGAGCUGCAGCUUGUAAACAGUCGGCCCGCCUCCCUCCGCUCACCCUGCUUCCCCAGUACAGGGCAUGGCGUGUGGGACUUUACAGUUUUUAUCGCUAAUAAAAAAGGU